CAGCUAGCACACACCAGGCACUCACUACACUCUGCCUACACACUUGCACACACUUUCAUGGAUCCACGACGUGCCGAACGACGGUACACCUGGCAAGAGGCUUUCGAGCUUAUUACCGCUUCGGACGAAGAUGGCGCUAUUUCUGCCGGUUCAUCUGGUCCGGAUUCUGCCGACAGUGAAGAUGAAGCCAACUUUAUUGAUGGAAUAGACCCAGCCCAUGACAUUGUUGAUGAGGUUGGUAAUGGAGACGAGGACUCGGAGGCUUCCUGUGCCACUGAGGCACCUUGCACCCCGGAGAGAGGCAGAGGGAGAGGAAGGAGUCUGCCUCCAGCUAAAACUGGGAAUCGUCCCGGUUCAGAGGCAUUCCCUGGUGAUGUUGCUGGCUGGAAAACUGCACAGGAGCCUGACAGCCUGCCACAUGCCCCGCUACAUUUCCUGCCCAGAAGAAGACCAGGUGUGCAGCCACCUCUAACAGAGUAUGUGGAUAUACCAUCUCCUUCUGAGCUGUUUGGUGUGUACUUUGACCGAGCUGCGGUCAAAACUAUAUGUGCCAACACAAAUAAAAAUGCAGCAAAACAUAUUGCUGCAGGCAAAAAAUUCAAGUGGACUGAGCUAACGGAGGCCGAAUUCCACCAAUAUAUUGGCAUCACACUGUUUAUGGGCAUUCUGAAGCUGCCAAAGCUCAGAGAUUAUUGGCGUGGCAAUACCAUUUUUCAUGUGGGUCAUCUUCAGAAGGUCAUGUCCAGAGACCGGUUCCUCGCCAUAACCUGGAACCUUCACAUGAGUGAUCCAGCUAAAGACACUGUCAAUGACAGCAAAAAAGGCACCACUGAUUAUGACUGUCUACACAGAAUUCGACCGCUGUAUGAUCAUUUACGUGUUGCCUGUAAAUCGGUGUACCACCCCCAGAGAAACCUGUCUGUGGAUGAGCGCAUGGUAGCCACCAAAGCCAGAAUUGCCCUGAAGCAGUACAUAAAAAACAAGCCCACAAAGUGGGGGAUAAAACUUUUUGUCCUGUCUGACAACACUGGCUACACAGUGGACUUUUUCAUAUAUACAGGGAGGUCUACUCCAAAAACUGGGAAGGGGCUGUCAUUUGAUGCGGUGAUGUCCCUUGUGCAGAAAAGCUUCCUGGGAUCUGGUUAUCACAUUUAUUGUGAUAACUUUUACACCAGCCCAGCACUGUUCCGCCACCUGCAUGACCUGGGGUUUGGAGCUUGUGGGACAUUUCGGGACACACAAGUUGGCAUCCCACACACAAAAGUCAAUGCCUUGACUAAAAACUCUCCACGAGGGACCAUCAGGUGGAUCAGAGAGGGACCUCUCCUUUUUAUCAAGUGGAUGGACACGAGGGAGGUGAGUGUGUGCUCCACCUUGCACACUGCCUUCUCAGGGGACUCUGUGAGAAGAGUGCUGAGGGUCAGUGGCAAGCACAGAGCGGUCGAGGUGCCAUUGCCUUCAGCUGUGAAGGACUAUAACAAGUUCAUGGGGGGAGUGGACCUCUCAGAUCAGCUGAUUGGCUCCUACUCCUCUUGGAGAAAAACCAGAAAGUGGUACCUGACUGUGCUCCAUCAUUUUGUUGACAUUGCUGUGACAAACAGCUAUCUGCUGCACAAAGAGCUGUGUGGCAGACUGGAGCAGCGGCCAAUGACCCACCAGGCCUUCCAGGAGCAGCUGACUGCGGAGCUUUGUGGAGUGCAAUCUCAACCAGUCCGGGAGAGCACAGGACGUCAGCACAUCCCUGUUGCCAUCUGUGAGGGGGCAUUAGGCUCAAAAAAAGCCACACGGGGGCGCAGGAAGUGCAGGCUGUGUGGGAAGUGCACUCCCUUCAUGUGUGAGGCAUGUGAAGUGCCUCUCUGUGUCAUUGUGGACAGGAACUGUCACAAGUCUUUCCACAGCUCUUGAGUGCAGUAAAAUACUGUUGCACUGUAAAUAGUUUCAUUGUAUGUUCAUGUUAUCUUUCUGCAGAUUGUGCCUUCCUGUAUAUAUUUAUGCCUCAUUGUGUAUUUUAUUUGUGUUCUUCUCCUCCUGUUCUCCUGUUCUGAAAUUUUAACACAGUAAAAAACGAUUUUCAUUUUUGUUGUUUAUCGCACUUUAUAUUGAUGACUAUUGUCUCAUACAAAGCUAUCUAUGAUCAUAAGUAACUUAGAAACGUAUACAUUUGAUUGCACUGUUGUAAAUAGUUUAUUUGGAUGUUCAUGGUUUCUUUUUUUUUGCAAAUUGUGCACAAUGAGCAUUUUUUUUCAUUUUUGUCU